AUGGUUGGGUGUUCGGCCCUGGGUUGCACCAACUCAACGGAGAAGGGUCACAAGGUGUUCCGAGUACCUUGGGACCCUCAGCAGAAACGCAGCGACGACCCCAGCCACGUCGAUUAUGUGCCGUCUAUCUUCUCGUACAACAACGAUAGUCGUGCCCGAUCACGCAGGAGGAUUGAAAUGCAUCAUCGCCAUGCUGCAAUAUCGCGAAAACGGUUGGUAUCGCAGGAACAGCAGGCUAGCUGCUCCAGUAUCAACACUGCUGUGGAAAGUUUGGACGAUAUGGACAGUAUGAGCGAUGUGGACAGCAUGGACGCAGCGGAAGGGUCGCCAACUGGUGACAACAUGGUAGACGCAGAGGUCCAGGCGACAGAAUCAACAGGGAUGUGUGCAAACUGUUAUUCCUUGGUCAAAGAACGGGAUGCACUCAGCGACGAGGUUUCCACACUGAGACGAAGGUGCAGGAGGCUGAAAGCAAAGCUGAAUACAUGCCAGGAUGUUGGGCAGAUGAGCGAAAAGAAGGUGACUUUCUACACAGGGCUCACAAAGGCAACAUUCUUGGCAGUGCUGGCAGCUGUGGUUGCUGCAUUACCACCUGCACGCAAAUGCCUUCCACACCCAAGCCAACUGCUGCUGUUUUUAAUGCGCCUGAGACUCGGUCUGCACGUAACAGACCUAGCCUACAGGUUUCAUGUGUCCGUCCCCACUGCUAGCCGGAUAUUCAAAGACUGGCUGGCCCCCAUGUCCUCAGUGUGUAGACAGCUGAUUGUGUUCCCUGAUCCCGACAUAGCGAGGAGCUGGCUCACAACAAAAGAACGGCACCAUUUCCCAAACCUAAGGGGCAUUAUAGACUGCACUGAAGUUCCAGUGUCGAGGCCCUUCAACCUGUCCACGCAGCAAGAAGUGUGGAGCAACUACAAACAGGGCUCCACACUGAAGUUCCUCGUCUGUGUGAAUACACAUGGCGCAAUCACCUUCGUCUCUCCUGUUUAUGGUGGACGAAUUUCGGACAAGGAGAUAACUCUUCAGAGUGGGUUCCUAGCUGAUAACACCGGCUUUCACAAAAGGAAGAACGCAGUUGCUCCACAAUGA